CGCCGAGCAAAGGGCGGCGACGGUGGCGGCGGCGGCUCGUGCUCGGCCCCUGCUGCGAUCGCGUUCGGCUCCAGGUUCCCGGCCCGCGGCGGCGCGCCCCCCGUGCUCCCCGCACCCCGCGUCCCCAGCACCCGCGCUCGGCCCGCUGCGGGCAGAGGGGCGGCCAUGCCGCCGCGGCGCAGCAUCGUGGAGGUGAAGGUGCUGGACGUGCAGAAGCGGCGGGUGCCCAACAAGCAUUAUGUCUACAUCAUCCGGGUCACGUGGUCCAGCGGCUCCACCGAGGCCAUUUACCGGCGCUACAGCAAGUUCUUUGACCUCCAGAUGCAGAUGUUGGACAAAUUUCCCAUGGAAGGAGGACAGAAGGACCCCAAGCAGCGGAUCAUCCCCUUUCUGCCAGGUAAGAUUCUCUUCAGACGAAGCCACAUCCGGGACGUGGCUGUCAAACGCCUGAUACCAAUUGAUGAAUACUGUAAGGCCCUCAUCCAGCUGCCCCCCUACAUCUCUCAGUGUGAUGAGGUGCUGCAGUUCUUUGAGACAAGACCUGAGGACCUGAAUCCCCCCAAAGAGGAGCACAUUGGGAAAAAGAAAUCUGGGGGUGACCAAACCUCAGUGGACCCCAUGGUCCUGGAGCAGUAUGUGGUGGUGGCCAACUACCAGAAGCAGGAGAGUUCGGAGAUCAGCCUCAGCGUGGGGCAGGUGGUGGACAUCAUCGAGAAGAAUGAGUCAGGUUGGUGGUUCGUCAGCACUGCUGAGGAGCAAGGCUGGGUCCCCGCAACGUGCCUCGAAGGCCAGGAUGGGGUGCAGGAUGAGUUUUCUCUGCAGCCUGAAGAAGAGGAGAAGUACACGGUCAUCUAUCCGUACACAGCUCGGGACCAGGAUGAAAUGAACCUGGAGAGAGGGGCUGUGGUGGAGGUCAUCCAGAAAAACCUGGAAGGCUGGUGGAAGAUCAGGUACCAGGGCAAAGAAGGCUGGGCCCCCGCCUCCUACCUAAAGAAGAACAGUGGGGAGCCCUUGCCCCCGAAGCCAGGCCCCGGCUCACCCUCCCACCCAGGUGCCCUUGACUUGGAUGGUGUUUCCCGGCAGCAGAAUGCAGUGGGCAGGGAGAAGGAGCUGCUCAGCAGCCAGAGGGAUGGGCGGUUUGAAGGCCGCCCAGUGCCCGACGGCGACACCAAGCAGAGAUCACCAAAGAUGAGGCAGAGACCCCCUCCUCGCCGGGACAUGACCAUUCCUCGAGGCCUCAACCUGCCGAAGCCGCCCAUCCCGCCCCAGGUGGAGGAAGAGUAUUACACCAUCGCGGAAUUUCAGACAACCAUCCCAGACGGCAUCAGCUUCCAGGCGGGCCUGAAGGUCGAGGUGAUCGAGAAAAACUUGAGUGGCUGGUGGUACAUUCAGAUUGAAGAUAAGGAAGGGUGGGCCCCGGCAACCUUCAUUGACAAAUACAAGAAGACCAGCAAUGCAUCAAGACCCAACUUUCUGGCUCCCCUGCCCCACGAGGUGACCCAGCUCCGGCUGGGGGAAGCAACAGCGCUGGAGAACAACACGGGCAGCGAAGCCACAGGCCCCUCCCGGCCCCUGCCUGACGCACCGCAUGGUGCCAUGGACUCAGGGUUGCCAUGGUCUAAAGACUGGAAGGGCGGUAAGGAGGUCCUGAGGAAGGCGUCUUCAGACAUGUCUGCGUCAGCAGGCUAUGAGGAGAUCUCAGACCCCGACAUGGAGGAGAAGCCCAGCCUCCCUCCGAGGAAAGAAUCCAUCAUCAAGUCGGAGGGGGAGCUGCUGGAGCGGGAGCGGCAGAGGACAGAGCAGCUCCGGGGCCCUGCCCCCAAGCCUCCAGGCAUGAUUUUGCCCAUGAUGCCAGCCAAACACACCCCUCCAGCCCGGGACAGCAGGCGGCCAGAGCCCAAACCUGACAAAAGCAAACUGUUCCAGCUGAAAAAUGACAUGGGGCUGGAGUGUGGCCACAAGGUGUUGGCCAAGGAAGUAAAGAAGCCCAACCUCCGGCCCAUCUCCAAAUCCAAAACUGACCUGCCCGAGGAGAAGCCAGACGCCGCUCCCCAGAAUCCCUUCUUGAAGUCCAGACCUCAGGUUAGGCCAAAACCAACUCCUUCCCCCAAAACAGAGCCACCUCAGGGCGAAGACCAAGUCGACAUCUGCAACCUCAGGAGUAAGCUCAGGCCUGCCAAGUCCCAAGACAAGUCCUUGUUGGAUGGGGAGGGCCCCCAGGCAGUAGGGGGCCAAGAUGCGGCCUUCAGCCGAAGCUUCCUCCCAGGAGAGGGGCCUGGCCGUGCCCAGGACAGGACGGGCAAACAGGAUGGUCUCAGCCCAAAAGAGAUUUCCUGCAGAGCCCCUCCGAAGCCAGCCAAGACCACAGAUCCUGUGUCUAAGAGCGUGCCUGUUCCUCUCCAGGAGGCUCCCCAGCAGAGACCUGUGGUCCCACCCCGGAGACCACCUCCCCCCAAGAAAACCUCUUCGUCAUCCAGGCCCCUCCCAGAGGUCAGAGGUCCACAGUGUGAAGGCCACGAAAGCAGGGCAGCUCCCACCCCAGGCCGUGCUCUCCUUGUCCCUCCAAAAGCCAAACCUUUUCUCUCCAACUCUUUGGGGGGCCAGGAUGACACGCGAGGCAAAGGCAGCCCGGGGCCACGGGGGACCGGCAAGAUUGGAGAAAACAGGGAGGAAGCAGCUGCAGCCUCUGUCCCCAAUGCCGACGGCCUGAAGGACUCUUUGUAUGUGGCCGUGGCUGACUUUGAAGGAGACAAAGACACCAGCAGCUUCCAGGAAGGGACAGUGUUUGAAGUCCGGGAGAAGAACAGCAGUGGCUGGUGGUUCUGCCAGGUCCUGAGCGGAGCCCCUUCCUGGGAAGGGUGGAUUCCUUCCAACUAUCUCAGAAAGAAGCCAUAGCCGACUCCCUUUCUGCCUAGAGGGCCCACUGGUCCUUGCUGGCUUUACCCACAUAUUUAAUACGCCUCUUAAUUUAUCAUUCUCCACACAGCUUCCAAGGCAGACAGACUCUGGGGUACUGUGACUUCUUGCCUCCCAUGGGUGGAGAGUGAGUUCCGGACACCUCGGGCGCCCCUGGGUCUGAUCCCUCCUAUCACAGCAUCGCUGGAGGCUCAGAACCCACAGCCUUUGCUUUCUGUCCAUGUCAGCAUCCCUGCCUUAAGAGAACUCCUCCUGGCCAAUGGCAUUGCGACCCAACAAUGGGACCAGGACUCUCCAAGGCCUCCAGGACUGGAUCCCAUCGCCUGGCGAAACUCCAGCAAGGGUCUCUCAUGGCUUGAACAUGGCACAGUAAGGGGCAGCCCACCCAGUCCAUGACGACUUGCUCCAACUUCUUCAUGUUUCUAAAAGCCCAGUGGCUUUAUUCACUCUUCUGAAUUGCCUGGUACCAGAAGGAACUUCAUCCUGAAGAAGUCCAUUCCAUUGCCAGUCCCAGGGAAAAUGUCCCCUUCCCCAAGGCCUCAGGCCCAUGGCCUCUGAGGUUCCACUGGAUGCAGCUCCCCCAGGAGUGGGCCUGGAGGUCCGCUCAGCCGCCCUGCCUCCCACCUUCUUUCUUGGGACCGUGGUCAGCCCUGAAGGGUGGUUGCAGCCCCCCGUAUGCUGCACUUUCCUGCUGCAGGCUCCAGUCCCUCCAGGGCUUUUCAAUGAGAAUUCCCACCCCAACUUGGAGCAUUUCAUUUCUGCCUACCUAAAGCAAGAAUCUCAAAGUUCGUUUGAAUAAGAGGCCCAUUCACGAGUCGUGCCCUUGUCAGCAUCCCUUUGCUGAGUGCCUCGUGGGUGCCAAACACUGUACUCGGCGCUUUGCCUUCACAACCCUCACUUGUGAUAUUAUACCCACUUUAUAGAUGAGGAAACUCAGGCUCCAUGUGCCCAAGGACAUACCAGCCAGGAAGAAGGGGGAAGAGGAUGUGAGUCCAGGCCUGCCUGACUUCAGUGCCUGUUCCCUCCCCUCUGUAAAAGGCAAACCAUGCAGGGAAGAGAUAGAAGCUGGCUAAGUGCCAGGAGCAGGUGGCCAAGUGACUUCAUUGUGGUAGGGGUGAGGGGGCAUUCGUGGCUGCUGCCACACCCACCAUCCCUCCAGCCUAUACCAAAGGCUUCCCUGGACUCAACAGCUGUGUCUCCAUGACAGGAGAAUGCCAGGGUCCUGGUGGUUGGCACGAAGCCCUGUUCCCUUCUUCUAAGCUGUUGCCCCCUGGCAAAUAGAGCUUAUGGAGCAACAGGAGCCGAGGUGGCCUCGUGGGCCAGCCUUGAGGGGCUAGGCAUAGCAUGCAGUGGUCCCAUAGGGAGGCAGGGAACCAAGGGCCAGGCAGAGCUGCUUCCUGUGCCUCUCCGGCAUUUGUAAUGUUUUUUCUUUCUUCACGCACCGCCAAAUCUGUGUUCUCCCUGGAAGAAACCCAGGGCAGAUGUGGUCAUCUGUCGAACUGAGGCCUGGAGAGGCAUGACUAAGUCACUGCAGAAGCAAAAUCAGGACCCAGCAUUUCUAGCUCCCAGCCCAGAGAAAGAGAGUAGAGCAGAACCCCUUCCCAUUCUACCUGACCAAGGCAGCCCUGCCCUGUCCUGCCCCAGAGAUCUCCUUUUCACAGUGCUCAUCAGCUGAGAUACUUUUGGACCCACAAAGCCAGUAUUUUGGGAGUCUGCUCACUGUCUACCUGCAGUGCCAAAGUUUUGCUCUAACAGCCCUCUUCCGCCCCACCUCCCAGCUCCAUCCCCUAUCAUGUGGGCGCUGGCUGCUUCUGCAUGAGAAGGAGCUUCCUCUGAUCACCUGUAGCAUCUUUAGUCCCUUCCUCCAGUCUGCCUGCAAUCCCAUUCCCCAGAGAGGCUUGGGCAGGGCCCUGGGGCACUUCUUGCAGGGCCCACUUGCCACUUGGCCCUGUGCCCAGAACCUUGGGGGCAGAUGGCAGCCAGGGGAAGAAGGGAGGUGGGAAAGGGCUGCCAUUGCUCGAGGGUCCUCUGCCUUGAGAGGAGGCCCCAUGGCAGUUUUCCUGAGUUCUUGAUCCACUUUGGUUUAAACAACUUUUGUGAAGCUAUGUGAGAUUUGACUAUAUUUCAAAAGACAAAACUCACGUUUUUUUUUUUUUUUUUUUUUCUGAUUUGCUCUCUGGCUUUCAGUGACAUUUUCAGAUAUUUUAUGAGUGCCUACUCUGUGCUAGGCUCUGAGCAGACCGGGAUGUGUGUGGCUCCAUCCCUGACUGGAAGAGCUUUGAGUCCUGUCUGCUGACUUCAUUGAAAGAGUUUCUCUCUUGCCUCAUUCCUUCCUCCCAGGGGUCAGCUGGGUAGGAACAGACUUGCCCUGACUUCCUCUAGGCAGAAAAUUUUCCUGCAAGUGAAAGAAUCUGCCUUUCUCUUUUGCUAUGAUGAUAAUUAUUAUUCUGACAUGAACUAUAGGUACUGAAGUCACAUUCCUCUCUGUUCACUGUUCUCUCCUCGGGUCAUAUCUAUGGCCUGAGGACGUCUGUAUCCAGCCCCUUUUCCUGCAAUGGUAGACACUUCCCCAGGCAGUGGGUGGGUCAGGGUGGCUAGUCACUCUCCUAGCUGUCCUUGCCUGGGGACUUAGGUUUACCCCAUCCAGGACUGUGGUCACUAUUCUGUGAGCAAUUGAUGGCACAUAUGCAGAACUCCCCUGGAGUCAUGGCUCUAGAAAGUGUCCAGGCCCAUCGUGACAACUGUGCCAAGCACCAGGCAGGUGACCAGUGCCUAAACACACUCCCUCCUUUAAUCCUUACGGCAACCCUGUGAGGCGGAUAGGACCAGCCCUGAUCUAUAGUGAGAAAAUUAAGGUUCAGAGGGAGAAGUCACAUACCCCAGCCUUGUCUAAAUAGUGGCCAAGCUGGGACUCAGAUCUCGAGUUUUGGUUUGUUUGUUUGUCCCUCGUGCCCAUGACUUUUUCUCUGAGAGCUUCCAGGGAAUCAAGUGACCCUCCCUCUGAAGGGUCUCUUCCCUCCAUCCCUUGGUCACACAUUUCGGUAGGUCACAGGCCAAAUGGCAGCCCAAAAGGUGGGCAGAUUUUUUUUUUCUUCCCUUCACCUCUGCUUAUUACUGCAAUUGUGAUGACUACUUUACCUUACAUCCCAGGGCAAAUGGACAGCUUGUGGUACCUCCAAAAAUUUGGAAAAUCUGAGUCUUAGGACCACCUCUUGAUAAAAGAGGCCUUUGCUCACAGUUUUUGCUCAGAAUCUUUCUUUGCCAUUGGUGGGUGUAUGUUCUGGCUAAGACUUGGGGAGAGCUGAGCUCCAGCUUAAACCACUUUUAAUGGCCCUUCCCUACUGGGAGAUUGCUGGAGCCCCUGCCAAGUUAUGUUAGUCAUUUUAAACUUCUGCCAUGAGGCCACGCCAUAGAGUCAAUUUCCAAGGCAAUGUUCUUGGCCCUAAAAUGUUUACGCCCACUGAGGAUUUCAUUACCAGGUAGAAAAUGGGGGAACGUAUGCCAUGUUAAAGAGCAAAUGCUGAGUGUGCCAGGACUUGAGAAGGACCUUAGGCUGAGGAGUGGACAGUGUGGUAUUCAUUUCACCUCUCCCAAGUAUCCAGCACAGAGUGGGGAAAAAGAAGAAACUGCUCCUGCCUUCCAAUAGCUGGCAACUUGACAUCAAGAACAAAGACAUUCGUAGCUGGGCCCCCGUCCUUUCAUCGUCCCCAAGUCUUCCAUGUUGGGUUAAGCUGCCCCCUUGGAGGCUGUACCCUUCUCUUUGGACUGUGACAGUGGACACCUAACAGCCUGAGCCAUGUGUGGCUGUCUUAUCCCCCAAGGGUUGUCCAGGCCCGUUCUGCAAGGCUUUUGUGUAGACUGCAGACACCCAUACCUCACCACAGACCAAAGAUGACCUCAUGUCAGUGGGCUGAUGAGAGGUAUAGCAACAUGCAUCGAGACCUGAGGGUGCAGGGCGCCCUCCCUUGGCCUGGAGGAAUUGCUCCUAACUAGAAUAAGUUUCCACGAGGGUCCCAGGCAGAGCUGCACAGCUAGAACCGGAGGCUCCACAGUCCUUGCCUGCUCAUGGACCUCCUUCAGAGCACCUUUCUACAGACUGGACUGCCCAGCUCCAUGGGGUGGCAUCUGGUUUCUGGUGCUAUCCUGCCAAGUUGUCGAGCUCCUCCUCAUGUUUCAACAUUCCAUCUUCCCGUUUCUCUCCUCGACUCCAAAGUAAACCUUCUUAGCUCCAAUCAGGGAUGAGGGGCUCAACCUCUUUUGUCCUCAAAGAGGCAAAACACAGUGCCACAGCCAGUAGCCUUCACUUUCAGAUGUCCUAUUCAUGUAAAAGAGAAGGUGCCCCCACCAGGCUUACAUCAGCAAUAAGCAAUUCUAAUGCAACGAUGGUGUCCACAUUUUACCCCAGUGUGUGGCCCAUGUAUGCCUCUGUGCCCGUGUAAUUGUUAGCGCCCCUGUCACUUAGAGGGGUGAUGAUAAACUGUGGCCACCCUGACUACAACCCACAUUUCCUGCUUUGGGGAGCUUCCAAGUAAUAGGCCAUUUCUUACCUCCCUCCAGGAACAGUGGGCACCACCCACCACCUGGUGCCUGCUCAUAAGAUGAUGCUGGAGAUCCCCACACUUACUCUACCCUCCUGGCAAAUUGGCAUUCCAGUGGUGGUUUUUGUUUCCUUUAACACAUUAAAUAAAUGAGUAUAUAGGACGUGAGGGGAGGGGUGAGGACAACUAGCUGUAGCAUGUAUAGGCUAUAUACCUUACCAUUAGACUUUUUUCCUUCUUUUUUUUUUUUAAAUAAAAAAAGUGCUUGACUGGUUUCAAGCUUCAUCGUGAA